UCUACAUAUCAAAACACUCCCAACAAUGUCAUUCAACACUUAAUUAUUCAAACCCGUCACUCCAGUCCCAUUUCCAUAUCAGACAAUUCUCUCUCCCCUCACAUUCCAAACAAAUCACUACCCUCCAAAACAUCAUCACACAUGCGCACAGAUAUAUAUAAUCAUGCACCACAGAAAGCCUAUAAAACCCACAUCUGUGUCCCUCCAUUCCAAGUCCAAUUUCUCUCUGAAAUUUCUUCUCAUUUCAAUGGCCACCAUCUUCUCUCUCGCUAUACUCUCUUUACUCCUCUUCUUUUCUCUUUCCUCCGCCACGCACCACCGUGGUCCAUCUCCACCAAAAUUUACCAAACCCAUUUCGAAACCACCCUCUCCAAAGCCCUCAAUGGCCUCAACUUCCCCAGAGAUCCGACAAGCCUGCAAGUCUUCACGCUUCCCAGAGACCUGUGAAACCUCACUGUUCGGAUCAAAUCAAGUGCCUCCCAACCCAACCCCACUCCAAAUCAUCCAAUCAGCUAUGUGGGUCUCUUCCCAAAACCUCAAAACAGCUCAAUCCAUGGUCCAGAAUAUCCUAGACUCGUCCACAGGCAAUCUCAACCGCACAACCGCGGCCAAAAACUGUUUAGAAUCACUUCACAAUUCGGAGUACAGGAUCUCAUCUACGGCUGGAGCCUUGCCACGUGGCAGAAUCAAGGACUCACGUGCAUGGAUGAGUGCGAGCUUAGCAUACCAGUAUGACUGUUGGUCUGGUUUGAAGUACGCGAAUGACACUUCAAUGGUGAAUCAGACGAUGGCGUUUAUGAAUUCUCUGAUUGGAUUGACAAGUAACGCCUUGAGUAUGAUACGGUGUUAUGACAUAAUUGGGAACGAAACCGGGUCGUGGGGCCCACCCAAGACGGAGCGGGACGGGUUUUGGGAACCAGGUGGUGGGUCUGGGUUGGAGUAUAAGGGUGGCGUUCCGGCGGGGUUGAAGCCAGACGUGACGGUGUGUAAGGGCAAGGGCGGAUGUGAGUAUGCUACGGUGCAGGAGGCGGUGAACGCGGCCCCGGAUAAUGGGGGGAGCCGGAGGUUUGUGAUAUGGAUCAAGGAAGGGUUGUAUGAGGAAACGGUUCGGGUUCCAUUGGAGAAGAGAAAUGUGGUAUUUUUGGGGGAUGGCGUGGGCAAAACCGUCAUUACGGGGUCAUUGAAUGUGGGCCAGCCUGGGCUUUCCACCUAUAAUACUGCUACUGUUGGAGUUCUCGGUGAUGGAUUCAUGGCUAGUGAUCUUACCAUCAAGAACACAGCUGGUCCUGAUGCUCAUCAAGCGGUGGCCUUUCGAUCUGACAGUGAUCUGUCCAUCCUUGAGAACUGUGAACUAAUUGGCAAUCAAGACACACUAUAUGCGCACUCCCUUCGCCAAUAUUACAAGUCAUGUCGCAUCCAAGGGAAUGUGGAUUUCAUUUUUGGAAACUCAGCUGCAUUUUUCCAAGACUGCCUAAUACUAGUCCGACCACGACAACUUAAACCCGAAAAGGGUGAGAACAAUGCUGUGACAGCUCAUGGCAGAAUAGAUCCAGCCCAAUCAACAGGUUUUGUUUUUCAGAAUUGUGUGGUCAAUGGUACCGAUGAGUAUAUGGCGUUGUACUAUGGCAAACCCAGUGUGCACAAGAAUUUCUUGGGGAGGCCAUGGAAGGAGUAUUCGAGGACAGUUUUUAUACAGUGUAUGUUGGAGGCUUUGGUUACACCACAAGGGUGGUUGCCUUGGAGUGGUGAUUUUGCAUUGAAAACUCUCUACUACGGGGAAUUUGGGAAUUCUGGGGCUGGAUCGAGUUUGUCAGCGCGAGUAUCAUGGAGUAGCCAGAUUCCAGCUGAACAUGUUUUCUCCUACUCGGUGCAGAAUUUUAUUCAAGGUGGUGAGUGGAUUCCAACAUCUUCCUGAUUAGCAGGGCACAAAAAUUAUUGUAAUGUGUUCUGAAUUCUCAGGAUUUUUAGGAGUUGUUAAAAUGAGAGGGAAGUUUAAAAGGUCCCUACGUAAAUAAUUACUGCUUGAUUUACCUACAUUUGCUUUGUAUGUGGACUGCAGUCUUGUGCACGGUGCAGUUACAGACUUAUUCUCUGUGUUCACAACUAUGCAUAGAUGGAUGUGAACACUUAGAAAAACUUGAGGGAAAAAAGCAGGUUGUAUAAAACACACAGACCAUUACACGGUAGACUCUAAUGGUCAAAAUUUCGUAUGGGUGUUGCAUAGUGUCAACUAAUUCAGAAAUAAAAAUCUUUCAGAGAUGAAAAAAAAAGGAG